AUGCCGCUCCAGUUCGACACGCCAGAGGAGGAGCGCGAGUACCGCAAGGAACGCCUGGCGCUUGGCUACCGCGUCUUUGGCCGCCUCGGCUUCGAGGAGGGCGUCGCUGGCCACCUGACGUACCGUGACCCCAUCAUCACCGACGCCUUCUGGACUGCCGGCUUUGGCAUUCCCUUCUCGCUCACCCAGACGAGCGACCUGCUGCUCAUCGGCCACGACGGCAAGGUCAUCAUGGGCGGCAAGCCGGGCAAGCAGCUCUACAACCAGGCCGCCUUUGCCAUCCACCACGCCAUCCACACCGCGCGGCCGGAGAUCGAUGCUGCCGCGCACUCGCACAGCAUCUACGGCAAGACCUUCUCGACGCUCAAAAAGCCCGUCGAGAUCACGACCCAGGACAGCUGCGUCUUCUACAAAAAGUGCGGCCUCUACUCGACGUUCGGCGGCGUGGCCGUCGACGACGAGGAGGGCCGGAACAUCGCCAAGGCGCUCGGCGACGGCGUGGCCUGCAUUCUCGCCAACCACGGCAUCCUGACCGCCGGCAAGACGAUCGAGGCUGCGACGCACCGCUUCAUCGCGCUCGAGCGCCACUGCCAGGUCAUGCUGCUCGCCGACGCCGCGUGCGCUCGCGAGGGCAACAAGCCCACGCUCAUCGAUGAGGAGGACGCCGUCUUCACGCAGAAGCAGACGGGCACCGAGGAGGCCUGCUGGUUCCAGGCGCUGGCGCAGUUCGAGCUCAGCGACUACGACGCCAAGAAGGGCCUGCCGUACGUCGGCUAAAAGGCACGCCGCCUCGGCCCUGCCGUUCUCAGUGUCUCCGUGCUUCUCCGUUCGCUUGUCUGAGCCGCCACGCUCGACUGUACGCGCCCUGUACUACCUUUACGCCCCGCCAAUGCGACGAUUCUUCCUCAUCAGCCUCGCAUGAACACAGCGCACGACGCGGGAGGCGAAGACGAUUGAUGGGUGAGGUAUGUAGGGUUACAGGUGAGGGUGGAGGCGAUGCUUGAGGUUCUCUGGAUGAUUGGAAGCGUUGCGUAUGAGAAGACAGGAGUGAGACGUGAGAUCGAGCGCGAUGGGGGUUGU